ACUACUAUGUCAAGCAUUCUGCCGAAUCAAACACUUUACGCCCGCAAUUUGAAUGAAAAAAUCAACAAAGAUGCCUAUGGACGUAUAUUGGAUAUCGUUGCAUUGAAAACUAUAAAAAUGCGUGGCCAAGCUUUUAUUGUUUUCAAGGAAAUUCAAAGUGCUACAGCUGCCAUGAGAGGACUUAAUGGCUUUAAUUUUUACGACGUGCCUAUG